AUGAAAGACGAUUGUGAAAAAAUUCCCCUGGCGGGUCUCCGAAAGGAGGAAGCCCGCCCGCUCACUUCGGUGGGCGGCUGCCCUCCGUAUGCAGGGGUGGGCAACAAUCGCCUCGUAGGCCGGCUGAGUGCCGGUCUCCGUGAACACGACCUCAGCAUAUCCAGCAUGGACUCUGACCCAACAACUUGGAAAGACUCAGUUGAUCUGGAGGUGGAAGACUGCGACCCGAUGUCGCACUCCAACACCAACGACCUUGGCUCGGAUGCGGUAGUGUGCCCGACUAUGAGCACGCUAAGACUGAGGGGUGGCGGUUCGCCGCAACGCGACUCAAAAGGUCGAUUCGUCAAAAAGUCGGCCUCACAGAAACCCUCAGAAGAAGCGGAUCCUAUGGCAGAUACGGAUUCUGCUAACAAGGAUUCCGCAAACCAGGAGGAGGCAGCCUCAACGUCGAGGCUCACACACGCGGAGGCUAGCAGGCAACCAGUCGUACGGUUGUUUCGGCUCUCUGAUUCCGAGAUGUCGGUGUCAAGCGCGCGUACUGUGGCUUCGAAGGAAAGCCCUAGAAGUAAAUUUUGGAGGAAACCCGAGAAAAGGACGGCAGAGGAGAUCGAACCAUCAUGCAGCUCAGAAAGUGAUACCGGAGCACUAAGCGAAAGCGCGAUCUCAAACCACCGAGGAAACUUCUCCAAACAAACCCCAAAACGUGGCAGAGGCCGGCCGCCCACAUCGGACCAUCGCGACGGCUUUGGAAAGUUUCGAAGUGCAAUUAGCGCAGAAAAAGCUCACGAGAGGCAAAUCCAGGCAGAGAUGAACCUUGCUGCCUCUAACGCAUCGGCGGAAGCAGCGGCUCGGGAAAGAGCCGAGCGCUUAAUGUGCCGGCAGCAGCUCCCCACCGGCAGCCAGCUUGGGGAGCAGACAUUGGCGGCAAUAAAUCAAAAAGUACAAGAUGCCCUUAGUGACAUCUUGUAUGUGAACAAUACCUCGGGCCAUUUGAAGGGCACCCACCAGCAAAAGCUCAAAACCUCGGUGGUGGCUAUUGCUGAGGCUUUUGCUGAGGUAAGAUCCCGUACUGCUACGGAGGAGGUUGCCCGCCUAGAGGCAGCAAACGCCCAACUCUCAUGGCAGUUGGAAGAAUUACGCAAGCAGGUGGACGAGAUGCGAAGCCAGUCUGCUGCAGUGGCUGAAGUCGACAUCCGUCGGAUCAUGGAGGAAGUAUCGCGCUCCAACCGCGAGCAAUUCAGCAAUAUGCUAAACGCCCGUAUUGAGGGCCUUGAGGGGCGGCUUCUGCCAGAACCACGGCUUAGGCCCCCGCUGGCAUCUGAUCGAAUAGCAGCGGAAGCCGCGGAGUCUGCCCAUGCUGUGCCUAUGGCUGUGGGUCCGGCUAGUCAGCCUACACCAUCCCAGCCAGCAUGGAGCUCUACUGCUGGCACCGCACAGCCGUCUGUCAGUGGGAAACAAAAACCGAAGCCAAAAGCUAAGAGGGGCAAACGUGCUAGCCUGGCUGCUCAGGAAGCGUCAGAGGCCAGACAAACACCCUUAGCACCCGUCUCAGAAGUGAGCCUGACGCCCGCCAAGCCAAACUGGAGUGCCGCGGUGGGUAGGAAAGGAAAAAAGAAGACUGCAAGUGGUGGAGCAAACGGGUCCAAAGCCACUAGCGCCCCCAAGACGACCGUUCAGCGAAAGAGGAAACUUAACCCGCCUCGCGCGGCUGCUAUCACGCUGACGCUGAAGCCGGAGGCAGUUGAAAAAGGGGUUAAGUACGAAACUGUCCUGGCCGAAGCGAAAAAACGCAUCAAACUGGAGGAGCUCGGAAUCUCUGCUGUCCUCUUUCGAAUAGCAGCAACUGGUGCCCGAAUGCUGCAGCUGCCAUCUGACACCAAAGAUGCGGAGAAAGCGGCAGAUAAGCUGGCCGAAAAGCUACGGGAAGUUCUCGGUGCCGAAGUCCACGUCCAGCGGCCCGUGAAAUGUGCCGAAAUUCGUAUCAUGGGGUUAGACGACUCGGUAUCCAGUGAAGAAGUUGUGGCUGCUGUAGCAGCAGAUGGAGGCUGUCCAGCAGAAGCUAUCAGGUCUGGGGUAAUUUCACGUGCCCCAAGCGGUUCUGGGUCACUCUGGCUAAGCUGCCCAGUAGUUGCCGCCAAGAAAAUUACCGAGGCCGCUCGAAUAAGAGUUGGCUGGAUUUCUGCGCGAGUGGUGCUGCUGGAAGCAAAGCCUCUUCGUUGCUACAGGUGCCUAGAGGCGGGUCACGUCGGGGCUAAAUGUGACAGGGAGGUAGACCGCAGCCAACUGUGCUAUCGCUGUGGUAAACCCGGUCACAAGGCCCGGGACUGCACGGCUGAACCGAGCUGCGUCAUUUGCAGUGCUGCUGGAAAACCGUCGGGACACCGUAUCGGCGCACAAGGAUGCCAGAGCGGGAAGGCCCGUACUGCCAAGUCUGGAGGAAAGAAGACGGGAGCUGGCCCGGUAGCCCCCCCGCCUUCCCAGCCAAUCGCUGUGGAGGAGCACAUGAUGGACACCGCCCAAUAA